GAACUCAGGGUCGAGAACAGCACUCUCCUGCGUCUCACCGGGACAAGAUGGGGUCCUGCACGUGGUGGCUGGCGAUUGCACUCUGCUUCUCGGCUCUCGCUGCCUCUAAGGGCAACGGGACAACGGAGCCUCCAGUGAUGCCAUUUGAUGAGCACGACCCGCCAGUGGUUACUAUGUUUGGUGAAGAAGACCCUCCAAUGGUUACUAUGUUUGGUGAACAAGACCCUCCAUUGGUUACUAUGUUUGACGAGGAAGCAAAGGACGACGACGAGAAUGAAGUGACGGAAGACGACGAGGGAGAUACGGAGCUUCCGUCUCGUGACUUUAUGGACACGAACCCAACGGAGGUGGAAGGUGAACCGAUCUUCGAAGGAGACAUACUGUUGACGCAGAGCCAGUGGCGCGAGAUCAGAGAGAGGAAAGGCCUCAAUGGUGAAUCCUCUCGCUGGCCUGAAGGAUCUGACGGGUACCCUCUUGUACCCUAUUUAUUCACUGAUAGCAGAUUAGACACCGACACCAUAAAAAAAGGGAUGGACCACUGGAUGGAGCACACUUGCAUCAAGUUCGAGGAGACCACGAACACCAACCAGCCCCACCUUCAGUAUAUUUACGGUGGCGGAUGUUAUUCGUAUGUUGGCAAGUUGAACCGAAAUGGGCAGCCCGUGUCCAUUGGAAGUGGAUGCAAUUAUCUUGGCAUUGUUGCUCACGAGAUCGGACACGCCAUAGGGUUUUACCACGAGCAGAGUCGUCCAGACAGGGAUGACUAUGUGGUCAUCAAUUACGAGAACAUUCAAGAUAACAGAGAAUCAAACUUUAAUAAAUAUUCCACAAGUGUCAUAAACAAUCAGAACAUAUUGUACGACUAUUCCUCAGAUAUGCACUACGGAUCCACAGGAUUCUCAAUCAACGGCAAGACCACCAUUUCGACCAAAGACCAUUUGGCGCAGGUACUUAUCGGCCAGCGAGCUGGACUUUCUCAUCGGGACAAGCACUUGGCCAACAUCAUGUACAAGUGUAUUGAUAAGUGGCUUGCCAAGUGUGAGGAGAGCACAGACCCUUGCCAGAAUGGUGGGUAUUACGGGGAAGCCUGCAAGUGUGUCUGUCCACCGGGUACUUCUGGAAGCAACUGCGAGACGGAGACUGGAGGUUACUAUGAUAGUCUAAGGAAUUCUUGCACACAAAAAGUCACUGAGGAGGGCACCCUUACCUCCCCUAACCACCCCGACAACUAUCCUUCGGGUCCUGAAGGCCAGUGUGUCAAGUGGAUCCAGGCUCCCGAGUGCCACGUGCCCAAGCUCACCUUCUCUGCCUUUGAGCUGUAUGGCAAGAAUCCUUAUUGUAGUGGAAAUACUUGUUGCUAUUUUGAUGCUCUGGAGAUAAGAACCGACAACUUAAACUACGGUGAAGUGUUCUGCGGCACCGACAUUGCCCCAGGCAGGAGCUUCACCACCACCGGCCAAGAGAUGAUUUUGUACUUCAGAACGAGAAGCAACCGCUACACGGGAUGGUCUGCUGAUCUCACUUUUGAGAAACAAGAAGGAUGCGAAGAACCUCAAACUACUGAAGCCUCAGCCACUGAAGAAGGCAGUACUGUGUCCACAACAGAAGCGUUUUCUCCGCAAUGUACACUUGAAUACUACAACGGAGUAUACUACUGGAGUUCCCCUGACUUCGGGGACGAAAACUACCCAAACUCUUUCACCUGUGGAGUGACUGGAAAUGCGGAUCCGGCAAAAUAUGCAUUGGAUAUUAAGCUGGAUACCUUUAAGCUACAGGGAGAGAAGGAUGGAGAGUGUGUCGACAACCUGGUAUUGCAAUUGGCGAGCGGCGAAAUCACAACGUUGUGUGGUGUCAAGUCAGGAAGUACCAUCACAUCGCCAACUUUCAAUUUCCAAAUGCAGUUCACUAGUGAUGAAGCAAUUACUGAUCAGGGCUUUAACAUCUCGAUAAGAAUAGUCGCUAAAAAAUGUAAUAAGGUGCUCUACCCAGGUGCAGGUGAGAAGGGCACUAUCACUGCUUCUAGACAUGAACGGAUGUGUGACUACAGAAUUGUGGCUCCUGCUGGAAGUGAAGUGCGCAUUGACGAGAUUUCACCAAAGAUUUUAAGAUCUCCGAACUGCAGAAGAGACUGGCUUACUGUCAACGGUAGGAGCGAAAGAAUGUACCCCAAGGAAACCAGCUCAAAAAUUUGUGGUUCGAGUAAAUUGACUUCUCCAAUUACAUCCACCAGCGGCGAGAUGUACAUAGCAUACAGGGGAAGCAGGAAGAGUCAAGGUUUCACGCUGAAGUACACCAUUGUCUAACACGUCAAUGAAACUGUUAACAAGUCCUAUCGCCUGUUUUUGUCAGGAUGUGCACGACUUUACCUUCUCAUGUUUCGCUAACUGCACCAAUUUUGGCUGACACAUCUUAGCACUGAUCUCUCUCUCUCUCUCUCUCUCUCUCUCUCUCUCUCUCUCUCUCUCUCUCUCUCUCUCUAUAUAUAUAUAUAUAUAU